CAAGGGAAAAAAAAUUCCCAACAAACAAAUAACACAAGCCUUUUAUUUGCAAACAGGCUUGUAGGCUGUGGUAUGCAGGAAGGGACUGGCCUGAGCUCCCCAGCCCUCCCUUAUGACUACUGAAGCAAGGAAGCUGCAAGCCACUUUGCUGAAGGCUCCCAGGACAUGUCUGCAAGCUGCUAGAGACUUAGUAGUGGUGUCCUUCCCUAUGCCCGGUGCUGCUGCUUCCUGCAUGCUGGCAGAGGGGGAAGCAGGAAAUUGCCAGCCCAAGUGACAUGAAGGAGGCAAAAGUUUGGGGAGGUCCUGUGUCCUGGAAGUAGGAUCCCUUUGCCUGGAGCUGCUCUUUUAGCAACCAGUCUGAUUGAUCACACUGGGGGAAUACGACUGGAUCGAAGCUGUUGCAUGGGGAUUUGCUGACUACUGUCCUGCCAUGGGAGGCUGCAUGGGAAGACCGAGGGCUGACAACCAGAGAUCCCAGUCCAGGGCCUCCACAAACACUCGCAAGAGAGCAGGUCGCAAUGAGCCCCUUAAGAAAGAGCUUCCGAGGUGGAAGAGCGACUACCCGAUGACGGAAGGCCAGCUGCACAGUAAGCGGGAUGAGUUUUGGGACACCGCACCGGCGUUUGAGGGACGUAAGGAAAUCUGGGACGCGCUAAAAGCUGCAGCCUACGCGGCGGAAGCUAACAAUCACGAAUUGGCGCAGGCGAUCGUAGAUGGAGCAAGUAUUACUUUACCUCACGGUUCUCUAUCAGAAUGCUACGAUGAACUUGGAACCCGGUACCAGCUCCCGGUGUACUGCCUGGCUCCUCCCGUUAACCUCAUCAUGGAAAGAAGUGAUGAAGACGGUACAGAUGCCCCCGAACCAGCCCCCAAAAACAGACGGGAAUUCCAGCUCAAGGUCCGUCUUUCCACUGGAAAGGACGUUAAACUUAACGCAAGUAUGACGGACACUAUCGGCCAACUGAAGAAGCAGCUGCAUUCCGUGGAGGGUAUCGAAACUUGUUGGCAGCGAUGGUUCUUCUCUGGGAAACUCCUCACGGACAGGAUAAAACUGCAGGAGACUAAAAUUCAGAAGGACUUUGUCAUACAAGUUAUUGUCAACCAACCAACCAGCGGAGAUCCAGAACUGAACCAGCGUGUUUGAAACCUACUCGAUCUGAAUGUCUGAGAUCCUGAGACUCUUGGGAGGCAACGAAAGGCUGGCUGCUAGGUCCUUCUCUCCUUUCUCGUCCUCCUUUUCUCGAUCAUGACUGGUCUGCUUGAGACGCAAUGGAAAUAAGAGGGAGAGGUGACCCAGCCCCCCCCCCCCUCAAACCCAUAACCAAAAUGCUGCACUAUAUCUGUUUUGAUUGCACACGAGGUCCACCUCCUACAAGAUGACGUUGGACGCAUGCUUGCAACCAUUGACCUACUCUCUCUAAAUUGGCACAGGACAAUGGGGUGGAUAUUUUUGUGUGUAGUAACCUGGAUGGUCAGUAGAUCAGCAAUACUGCAACAAAUAGCAUAGGUUGAUUUUAUUC